GAAGUUUGAAUGACAGCGUCCUGUGCGAAUCCAGGCAGCCACCGCAGGCACAGCCAGGAUCGGGAAAAUGUCGUUCAAGAAGGAAGCCUUCUUCAUUUGUUCUCUCGUGAUUCUCUGGUACUCCUCCAACAUUGGAGUCAUCCUCCUCAACAAGUACUUGCUCUCCAAUUAUGGCUUCAAAUUCCCCAUCUUCCUCACAAUGUGCCACAUGACUGCCUGUGCCGCUCUUAGCUAUAUUUCCAUUGUUUUCCUCAAGGUUGUGCCUCAUCAGACCAUCAAAUCCAGGUCCCAGUUCAUCAAGAUUGCGACUUUGAGCGUCGUGUUUUGUGCAUCGGUGGUCGGCGGCAACAUCUCUCUCCGGUACCUCGCGGUUUCGUUCAAUCAAGCGGUGGGUGCCACCACUCCUUUCUUCACCGCGCUGUUCGCCUAUUUGGCCACCCUUAAGCGCGAGGCUUGGGUCACUUAUGCCGCUCUUGUGCCCGUUGUUGCUGGGGUUGUCAUUGCAAGUGGGGGCGAACCAGGCUUUCAUCUUUUUGGAUUCAUUAUGUGCAUAAGUGCUACUGCUGCAAGAGCCUUCAAGUCUGUUCUUCAGGGCAUCUUACUCUCUUCUGAAGGGGAGAAAUUGAACUCGAUGAAUUUGCUCUUGUUUAUGUCUCCAAUUGCUGUCGUAGUUUUGGUUCCGGCAGUGCUUAUUAUGGAGCCUGAUGUCAUAGAUGUCACAACAGCUCUUGGAAGGGAAAACAAGUCUAUGUGGAUUCUUCUUUUACUUAACUCAGUGACAGCUUACGUGGCGAACUUAUCAAACUUCUUGGUGACCAAACACACAAGUGCUCUUACCCUUCAGGUUUUGGGGAAUGCAAAGGGUGCUGUGGCUGUGGUGAUCUCGAUCCUUAUAUUUAGAAACCCCGUGACUGUUGUGGGCAUGGCGGGCUACACAAUUACUGUAUUGGGGGUAGCUGCAUAUGGAGAAACAAAGAGAAGGUUUAGAUGAACAGUAUCUUUCAGUCUAAACAUUCUCUUGUUUGGUUUUGUAAUUUGAUUUGCCAUGGUUUUUCCCAUAUGAACAUGAUUUUUUGUAACUUGACCAAUGGCCAGGUUGGGGCGGGCAAAAUAUUUUUUGUCAUGCUUGUUGUAUUAUGCGGAAACAUUUUUGUAUCACAGUCAGAUUUUAUCAAGCAGAUUCUGCUAUUUCUCGUU